GUAAAGGUUUGUGAAACGCUCUUCGGCCAAAUGAACCCAUGUGGAUUUUCCUCCCUGUCGCAAACCCCAGGUGAUUGGCUAACACAGACUUGAUGCCCUGUUUUGCUCUCCAGGGAUUCUGAAGGGACGAUUGUAGCCAGCAGAAGAGAUGCCUUUUCCUUAGCCCUGUAGAACGUCUCUGGAAACAAACCUGGAGCCCAGUGCUGUGCAGGGACUCCCUGGAGAAGCAAGGGCCUUGAAACUCGACAGAAGUGCCCCACUGCUCCACCAAGAGUUCUCUUCUCGCACACAUGCCCUUCUUACCGGGAGCCAGCCUGUGAUGUCUCUGGUGCUGAUCUGGAGAAUCUAUACCAACUCUCUCUUGGCUGGAUAGGAACCAGAGUCCUUGCUCCCGUCUUUGGCAGUCCCUGAUCUUACCACAUUAUUGUCACAUUUGUUUGCUGAGAAAACCAGCUUUAAAGAACAGUAAAUAUGCAAAACAGCUUUCACUCUAUACAGCUACCAUCUUGAAUACUCCACUUCCCCCACCAUCAAACACAUCCUAUCAAUAGAGGCAUGAAGAGACUGCCCAUGUAGGAGAGGGAAUCCUGAGCAAAGUUCCAGUGACAACCUUUCCCUUGUCCUUCUAUGAAAGCAUUGCUAGGCUGUAACGCUUCCACAUUGCUGGGUGUCAAGCAAUUGCAAAGAUUCAUAUUUCAACUUUCCUGAGCUGCAUGAUGAGAUCGACACAGGAUGGGACAAUUUUGCCAUUGAAAAGAGGAAGCUGGAGAAGUGUAAGAACUUUGAGUCUGUGCUCUUUCUAUCAGCUGGACGAUAACAUGCAGAAGUAAUUUAUUCAUCUCCAUUCCAUCACCCCUCAUCAGACUUCAAAGAUAUUUUAUAUCACAAAUGGGACUGUAUCAAAUAUAGUAAUAGAAAUUCACCAAAAGAUCUGGUCUGCAGAAAUAGGCCCAUUUGAUUCCAGUGGCUCUCAAGUGUCCUGCGACUCUGGGCCCAUUUGACUCCACUGACGCUCAUGUGCACCUUUCCAGGAUUUAUAUGAAAAGAAAAAGUCUGAAGAAAAAGUACAAGACAUUCAAGUCAACAUAAGAGACGGCAACAGAUCUGAGUCCGGGCGCUUCCUGCUCCAGCGACCGCCAACCCCACCGCCCGCUCCGCCCCGACCGCCGCUGCUGCUGCUGCCGCCCGUGGCCCCCUCUCUCCGGGGGGCUGCAAACUCCCCAACAACGAUGCUGCUGCUGGGCAGCGGCGGCGGCGGCGGCGGCUCCUGCUCGGCUCCGGCUGCUGCCUCCUGCUCCCGCUGCUGCUGCCCCGGGCUCCUCCUCGGAGCGCGCCGCUCCUGCCGCUGCAGCCGCGGCAGCCUGCAUGGGAUCCGUGGCCCCAGCGCCUCUGCCCGGGAUUAAAAGCGCCGCCGCCGCCGCUGCCGGAGAAGCGACCGUGUCCAAGCCGUAGUGGGUGCAAUGAAAGCUCCAUGCAGGCCUUACCAUGGAAGGCUGUGACUCGCCUGUCAUCUCUGGGAAGGACAAUGGGUGUGGCAUCCCUCAGCACCAGCAAUGGACUGAACUCAACAGCACCCACCUCCCUGACAAACCCAGUAGCAUGGAGCAGUCCACAACCGAAAACCACGGGGCCCUAGACAGCCUGAGGGUCCCCUUUAAUGAGCGCAUUCCAGACAGCACCAACUCAGCUGGCCCCAACACUGAGUCCACUAGCAAAGAGGUCAGCUGCAACGAAUGCUUGGCCUCCUUCGCCAGUUUACAGACCUAUAUGGAGCACCAUUGCCCCAGUGCCCGCCCACCUCUUCCACUGAGGGAGGAAAGUGGGAGCGAUACCAGUGAGGAGGGGGACGAGGAGAGUGACGUGGAGAACCUUGCUGGAGAAAUAGUCUACCAGCCAGAUGGCUCCGCGUAUAUUGUUGAAAGCGUCAACCAGUUGAUCCAAAGUGGGGGAGCCUGUGGCAGUGGCAGUGGGGCUCUCCCUUCGUUCGUUAUGAACUCUCUACCCAACGCUGGGGGCAAACAAGGAGAACCCUCCUCUGCUGCACCCGUGUACCCACAGAUCAUUAAUACUUUCCACAUAGCCUCAUCCUUCGGGAAAUGGUUUGAGGGCUCAGACCAGUCCUUCCCGAAUACCUCAGCCCUGACGGGCAUCAGCCCCGUCUUGCACAGCUUCCGCGUUUUUGAUGUGCGACACAAAAGCAACAAGGAUUACCUGAACAGCGACGGUUCUGCCAAAAGCUCCUGUGUAUCCAAAGAUGUUCCCAACAAUGUGGACCUGUCCAAAUUUGAUGGCUUUGUGCUCUAUGGGAAGAGGAAGCCCAUACUGAUGUGUUUCUUGUGCAAGCUCUCCUUUGGGUAUGUCCGCUCAUUUGUGACCCAUGCAGUGCAUGACCAUCGAAUGACUCUGAGUGAGGAGGAGCGGAAAAUUCUUAGCAAUAAGAACAUCUCCGCUAUCAUCCAAGGGAUAGGCAAAGACAAGGAACCCCUUGUAAGUUUUCUGGAACCAAAAAACAAAAACUUUCAACACCCUUUAGUUUCCGCAGCUAACCUCAUAGGCCCUGGACACAGCUUUUACGGUAAAUUCAGUGGCAUUCGAAUGGAAGGGGAAGAGGCUCUCCAGACUGGCACUGCCAGUGGAGCAGAGCAGCCACCAUCAGGCAUCUUGGCGCCUGGUGCCCUCUUGAACCUUGGUGGGCUGACCAGCUCGGCUCUGAAAACCCCAAUUACCUCAGUCCCCCUGGGCCCGCUGGCUUCCAGUCCUACCAAAUCCUCAGAGGGAAAAGACCCUGGGGCAGCAGAUAGUGAGAAGCAAGAAAUGGGUGACCAGGAUAGCCUCUCGGAAAAGGCAGAGCCAGCUGAGGAGGUGGAGGAUGAAGACGAGGAGGAUGUGGAGGAGGAGGAGGAGGAAGAGGAGGAGGAGGAGGAGGAAGACGACGACGAUGAGGGUUGCAAAGGACUGUUUCCAAGCGAGUUGGAGGAUGAAUUGGAAGAUAGGCCCCAUGAAGAGUCUGGGGCUGUGGCAGGUAGCAGCAGCAAAAAGGACCCUGCUCUCUCAAACCAAAGCAUUUCUAACUCUCCCUUAAUGCCUAACGUGCUCCAGACCCUGUCAAGGAGCACAGCUUCUUCUAGUUCUAAUUCUGCUUCUUCCUUUGUCUUUGAUGGUGCAAACAGGAGGAGUCGUUUAAGCUUUAACAAUGAGGGCGGUGGAGCCAGCGUGGCAGAGGGCAGCAGGAGGUUGGACUUCAUCGAUGAAAGUGCCAAUAAAGACAAUGCCACAGCACCAGAACCAAAUGAGAGUGCAGAGGGUGAGGAUGGGAGCUACAUCUCCCAUCACCAGCAUGCUGGUCCCCUCUGUGAGCUUGGGGGUGGGGAGUGCCCCUCGGGGAGUGGCGUGGAGUGCCCAAAGUGUGACACCGUCCUGGGCUCCUCACGAUCACUAGGCGGCCACAUGACCAUGAUGCACUCUCGCAACUCGUGUAAGACACUCAAGUGUCCCAAGUGCAAUUGGCACUACAAAUACCAGCAGACACUUGAGGCACACAUGAAGGAGAAGCACCCCGAGCCAGGUGGCUCAUGUGUGUACUGCAAGAGUGGGCAGCCACACCCCCGGUUGGCACGGGGCGAGAGCUACACUUGUGGUUACAAGCCUUUUCGCUGUGAGGUCUGUAACUACUCCACUACUACCAAAGGCAACCUCAGUAUUCAUAUGCAGUCCGACAAGCAUCUCAACAACAUGCAAAACCUGCAGAAUGGAGGGGGAGAGCAAGUCUUCAGUCACGCUGCUGGGGCAGCGGCAGCAGCUGCGGCAGCGGCAGCAGCUGCGGCAGCAAACAUUGGUAGCACCUGUGGGGCCCCCUCACCCACCAAACCAAAAACCAAACCCACCUGGCGGUGUGAGGUGUGUGACUACGAAACCAAUGUCGCGAGGAACCUUCGCAUUCAUAUGACCAGUGAGAAGCAUAUGCACAAUAUGAUGCUGCUUCAGCAGAAUAUGACCCAAAUCCAACACAACCGGCAUAUGGGCCUUGGCAGCCUGCCCUCCCCAGCUGAGGCUGAGCUGUACCAGUACUACCUGGCACAAAACAUGAAUCUACCCAACCUGAAGAUGGACAGCACUUCAUCUGAUGCCCAGUUCAUGAUGGGUGGAUACCAACUCGAUCCCACCAAUCCUAUGGCAACUAUGGCUCCAUCUCUAGUGGGUGGAGAGAUCCCCCUGGACAUGCGGCUGGGGGGCGGGCAGCUGGUGUCCGAGGAGCUAAUGAACCUGGGUGAGAGCUUCACACAAACAAAUGACCCAUCACUGAAGCUCUUCCAGUGUGCUGUGUGCAACAAGUUCACUACAGACAACCUGGACAUGCUGGGGCUGCACAUGAAUGUGGAGCGCACCCUACCUGAGGAUGAGUGGAAGGCAGUGAUGGGGGACUCAUACCAAUGCAAGUUGUGCCGCUACAACACACAACUCAAGGCAAACUUCCAGCUCCACUGCAAAACUGAUAAGCACGUGCAGAAGUACCAACUAGUAGCGCACAUCAAGGAGGGUGGCAAGGCCAACGAGUGGAGGCUGAAAUGUGUGGCCAUCGGGAACCCCGUGCAUCUGAAGUGUAAUGCCUGUGACUACUACACCAACAGUCUGGAGAAACUGCGUCUGCACACAGUUAACUCCAGGCAUGAGGCCAGCCUGAAGCUGUACAAGCACCUUCAGCAUCAUGAGAGCGGGGUUGAGGGCGAAAGCUGCUAUUAUCACUGUGUCCUCUGUAACUAUUCCACCAAGGCCAAGCUGAACCUUAUCCAGCAUGUGCGCUCCAUGAAACAUCAGCGUAGUGAGAGCCUGCGCAAACUGCAGCGCCUUCAGAAGGGCCUCCCUGAGGAAGAGGAAGACUUAGGUCAGAUCUUCACCAUCCGCAAGUGUCCAGCUGCUGAUGCCGAAGAGUCGGUUGAAGAUGUGGAAGGGCUGAAUGAGACACCGGCUGAUCCAGAAGAGCCUACGAAAGAGCAAGAGAGUGGCAGUGACAAGGACCAGAACAAAUGGACAGCCUCCUCCUCCUGCCUGAAGUUACUAAAAAGUGUGCUAGGCUUUACAAACAGUUAUGAGAGAAUCCCUAUCCCAAAGUGUUUUCUAGAGACAUGGCAUGAUGGGAAAGGAGGUCACGAAAAUGACAAGUCCUGA